AUGUUAGAUGUUGACGAGUGCAACACUAACUUGAACAACUGCAGUCAGCUGUGUAAGAACACGGACGGGUCCUUUAACUGCGCCUGCUUGGAUGGGUUUGACCUGAGCGCCGAUGGCGAGAACUGUGAACCUAGCAGCCCUUGCAGUAGUGCCGUGAAUCCCGGAUGUGAUCCUGUACUUGGAUGGUGCUUCGUGGACGAUACCGGUACUGCCACGUGUUCUUGCCGGAAAGGCUACAAGCUGGGCACUGAUGGUGUCACGUGUCACGAUGAGGACGAGUGUUUGACUGGAAAUCAUCAUUGUGAGCAACUGUGUAACAACACCGCUGGCGGCUACAACUGUUACUGCAUGGACGCGUACUAUACACUGGUGAACUAUGGUGUGAAAUGCAUAGAAAUCGACGAAUGUUCUGAGGGAUAUGACGACUGCACCGAGCACGAGACGUGUGUGAACGAGCCGGGAUCCUACCAUUGCGAAUGCCGGGAGCACACUGUUGAAGUGAACGGUGUCUGUUUGCCUUACACAACCACAAGCCCCGAUACAGAGAGCAUCAUCGAGAUCAACACUGUAGUAAUUGAAAUCGCGUCGGUGGUGAGCAAGGUACUUGAUCAGCUGCCUACGUUCAAAUCUGCGUUUGCCACGGAAGCUACCGACUUCUGCAGCCAACAGGCGGACCGGAUCCCUGCAUGUACAGUCCCGCUGUGUUCCUCCAAGAAGACGUUCACGUCACCGAAGGUUAUCCCAAACUCGCUUCCGACCAAACCCACACCACCCUCGCCUUCUUCCUGA